GUUUUUUGUCAAAUGGCUGGAUGUGUUAUUUCGGUCUCUAGUAAACAAAUAAUAAUUUAUUUUUUAUAAUUUCAAUGGAUUGAAUAAUGAAGAAGUCGAAACACGUGUCGGUGCAAGUGAUCGAUAGCGACAUUGGUUUGCUGCUGCCCAAUGGUACAGUUAUCAUGCAAAUGGAACCAAAAUAUUCCUGGUUGAGAAAAAUCUGUCUGGUCUGUUUUUUUCUUGCUGUAUUUGGUAUAGUUGUUUUUGGUUAUUAUUCUCCAGAAAAAGUAAGGGCUUUAAAUACAAGCACAAGGGAAUAUUCCCUGCUAUCAGAUGACAGUUUUGGGAAGCCCUUAGGGCUUGCACCCAAUAAAAUAGGUUUAAGUUAUGAUGACAUGUUGAAUGAUGAAUUUGUCUUUGACAUGGACUCCCAUGAUGUCAUGGUUUUCCUUCACAUGCAGAAAACUGGUGGGACAUCAUUUGGCAAACAUUUAGUUCACGAUUUGGACUUGAAAAGGCCUUGCACUUGCCCACUUACGAGAAAGAGGUGCUAUUGCUUUAGGCCACACUCGAACCAAAGCUGGUUGUUUAGCCGUUACACAACAGGCUGGAAGUGUGGUUUGCAUGCAGACUGGACCGAAAUGACGAGUUGCGUCGAUGAUAAACUCGACGAAUUGGAGGGAACAUUUAAAAGGCGUUAUUUUUACAUCACUUUACUGAGAAAUCCAGUUGCAAGAUAUCUGUCAGAGUUCAGGCAUGUGCAGAGAGGGGCCACAUGGAAAGGCUCGAGGCAUUAUUGUAAUGGAAGGGAUGCUACAGAGGAUGAUAUUCCUCCUUGUUACAAAGAAAUUACCUGGGAGGGGGUGGGGUUGGAUGAAUUUAUUAAUUGUGAAUCUAAUUUGGCAAUAAAUAGACAGACUAGGAUGUUGGCUGAUUUAGAGUUAGUUGGCUGUUACAAUAAAAACUACAUGUCAAAACACGACAGAGACAGAAUAAUGCUUGCAAGUGCCAAGAAGAACUUGCAGUCGAUGGCAUUUUUCGGCCUCACAGAAUAUCAAAAAGUAUCUCAAUACAUAUUCGAGGAGACGUUCAAUUUACGUUUCCUGGUGCCGUUCGAACAAAAUAACGCCACGGUAUCGAGUUCGACGAUGCCGACCCUGACGAAGUAUCAGCAGAGUAAAAUAGCGGAGCUGAACAAUUUGGACUUGGAGCUGUACGAGUUCGCUAAGAAACUGCUGCUGGAUCGCUUCGAGAAGCUGAAAAGGCGCGACAACGAUUUCCAGGAGAGGUUCGCGCAUCUGGGAGAGCUGACGGGCAGAAAUGGCGUGACGGAGUUCGACUGGGAUCGGCUCGAAGAUCCCACGCAAUCGUCAGAGGAUUAAUCAGUUCUCGAAAUCGCUCAAUUCUUAUGUUUUAGUAAGUAUGAAUGACCAUUGAACUUAUUAAUUGGAUAACACUGGGCACUAGUACUACAUUUGGUAUUUUAUUAUAAUUUGGGUUUUUCUCUGGGAUCAUGAUCCUGAUGCACAUGAUCAUGAUCAUGUGCACAUUAGACUUACUCGAAUUUUUUUUUUAUUUAAUUUUGAGGAUUUAUUAAAAACGUUUUUAGAACUGUUAAAC